CUGUGACGUCACUUCCCGCGGGCGGUGCCGGGCCCGGUGCCGCCGGUGCGGGCCCGGGGCGGAGGAGGCGGAGGGAGGUCCCGGUCCUGGUUCUGGUCCCCGUCCCGGUCCCGAUCCCGAUCCCAGUCCCGGCGGGCCAUGGUGGUGCUGCGGGGCGGCGCGGGCCCCGAGGAGCCGUUCCCGAGRAUCGAGGACUGCCUGCCCCCGCUGGAGGACUCCCCGUCCAAGCGGUUCUCCCCGUCCAAGAGGAAGCAGUACUACAUCAACAAGGCCAUCCGCAACUCCGACCUCAUCCCGAGGGCCAAGGGCCGCAAGAGCCUCCAGAGGCUGGAGAACACUCGCUAUCUGAUGACACUUCUGGAGCAGGAUGACUGCGGGAGUGAUGAGGGAGAGCUCACCCACUCUGCCACCCCCAGCAUCUUCACCGAGGCGUGUAACAACGAGACCUACGUGGAGAUCUGGAACGAUUUCAUGAACCGCUCRGGAGAGGAGCAGGAGCGGGUGCUGCUCUACCUGGAGGAGGAAGCCAGGAAGAAGCACAGGAGGAAGCUGCCUGUCAAGAAYGAAGACAAGUGGAAAGAGCUGCCAGCCUACACACCCCAGGAGUGCUUCCAGCGCAUCAGCCGCCGCCUGCGCGCCACCCUGAAGCGUGGCAGGAUCCCCAUGGGGACRCUGGAGGGGCUGGAGGAGGAGCUGCUGGCCUUCUUCUCUGUCACCCCGCACUCGGUGUACACGGCACUGAUGGACAACAGCUUCGAGCGGCUCCUGCUCCACGCGCUCUGCCAGUACAUGGAUCUCGUCUCUGCCAGUUCGGACAUCGAAGGGAAACGUCAGAUGAAAGUGAGCAACAAACACCGCGUGUUCCUGCCGCCCGAGCUGCUGCUCUCAGACUACCUGGAGCAGAUGAGCUGAUGCCCCGAGAGCUGCCCUCGCCCCUCCCGUGUCCUCUGCAGCCUCUCCCAGCCCUGCAGCUCUCGGACCCUCGGUCCUUUCCCUUGCUCCAGCAGCCGGGACAGAGCUGGGGGCUCGCUGCUGUGCCCCUCGAGGUGCCGGGACCGUCCCGACACCGCUGCGGGUACGGAGCCGGUGCCUCUCGCCCGCCCCGCUCCCCGCUCACCCUUGCUGGAACUGUUUGCGUGUCUAUUUAUAACCCAGGUGUUUUUWAAAAAAAAAAAAAUAAUCAGGCGGGGCCAGCCCCCCUCUGGCUCUGACGCUCGUGGGGUGAUUUCGGUCCAGAUUUUUCUGCGGUGAAACAGCUCCUGGCGGCUGCUGAGCAAUCGCUGAGCCGGCGGAAGAGCCUGGGGGCUGCCGCGUUCCGCAGCCCCGCGCCCACGGGGUGUCCAGGGGGGUUCGGCCCCCUCGGGCAGGGCGGAGUGUGGGGAGCUCCCGGUGCUCUUACCCCACACCCUGCGCCCUGCCCGCACGACAGGGCUGUUUUUAAGUGUAAUAUAGCUUGUGUUUUUUAUCACGUGUGUGUGUAUUUUACGUGUAUGUGUGUGUGUUGUGUGUGUGUGUGUGUGUGUGUGCUGCAGGGGUGCAGCCCACCCUCGGGGCUCUCCCUGCUCGUCCACAGCUGCCAUGGGGGCAGAUGGGGCAUUUUUUGGGUGUCUCUCUGUGUCCCCUCCACCGUGUCCCUGGCAUGUGCCAAGGGUCGCUCGCAAGGUGUGCCCCGGSGGGGUUUUGCUGGUUGCUCUGUCCCGUGCUGACACCGACUGCCAUUAACCGUGGGGACCCCCAGAACCAGGGGAGCCCCUGGUGCCUCCUUCGCUGGUGUGACUCGGGUACGGGCGCGUUCAGGAACAAUAAAGACGGUGCUCCCCU